UUCAUCAUAAAUGAUCCGUAGAUUUUUUUAGUAUGACAGAAACAUAAUAAGUGUGUUUUUUCUGUGAUUCGAUAAUUCACAAAGGGUUACUUUUUGUUUUAUAGUUUCGCUAAUUACUGUCGGUUUCAGUGUUAUUUUAACUAAGUGUGACGUCAUGUGAUUGCGUUUUCAUGGAGUACUGUGUUAAAAGGAUUCCACGUAUGUCCUACAAUUUACCGUUUUAAGCAAUAACAUGAGUUUCCUAUCAGUUCAAAACACAUACCUAAAAUCCCACAACAAUAACCCCUUCCUCCUAUCAGAAACACCUUCGAGGAACACGUUUCUUAACGAUAGCAGGCAGACAGCCAUCACAGAAAACAACAACCAGAUAAGCGCCAAUGGGCAGGAGAAGUCUCUGCAAGAGGUCUGGUCCAAGCAUAAAUUUGAGAUGGACAAAGUGAAAGUUGAGCCUAUGGUGAAUUUUAACAACGUUAAGAUGACCUGGGCCGAAGAAAAACCUUUGGAGGAAAUCCACGAGGAUGUGGAAAGCAAACCGAGUGGGAUUGUGGAGCAAAUGCCGAAAAACGAACAGGUUGAAGUGCAGUUGGACAAGGAAGAGUCUCCUUCGCAUCAUGCUAGAAGGCCUCCAAACGCUUUCCUGAUAUUCUGUAAGAAGCAUCGGCCCAUUGUUAGGGAGAGGUACCCCAAUUUGGAGAAUAGAGGUGUUACCAAAAUACUUGGAGAAUGGUGGGCUUUGCUGCACAACGACGAAAAGUUACCUUAUAACGACUUAGCUAAAGAGUAUAAAGAUGCCUUUCUUUCCGCAAACCCCAACUUCAGAUGGUAUAAACUACCGGCACCGCCACUACGUACCUUAAUUCCCCGACCAACGACAGCCACAAAAGUAGCACCACCCUUAUCUAGUCCCUCCAACAACCACCUAUCUGAAUUCACGCCGGGAAAGCUGGCUGACGAGUCUCAGCUCGGCGGGCUGACUUCUCUUAUGAACAAUAAUUUUAACACUAUACCAAAGACGGAAUGUUGUACAACAGAGUCCACCUUGGACAACAAUAACCACAAAAUGAAUGACAGCUUAGACACCAGCUACCAUAAGACAGAUGAAGCCACUGACAUGUACAAAACAAGCGACAAUUUGGAUAGGUACCACAGCACCUUUGUAACGCCUGUCAGUAACAUACAGUCAAAUACUCCUCCCAAGCCGAUAAAGAAAAGGUUCUUCGAUUACUAUUCGCAGAAUAAGGGUUGCUCGAGGAAUAUUUUACCUGAGACUAGGGAAGAGGCUGAUGAUGUCUUAGGAGACCAAAGUGAACCCAGUAACAUGACAAAGCAGGACUUGGUGAAUAAGGUCGUUGAUGGAAUGUUUGCCAAACAAUGUGAACAAUCUGAUGACCUUCUGGACAAGAAUGGCUUGAAGGAGGUGAGAAAAUCCGAGAGGAUGUGUAAGGGCAAAAGGUACGAAAUAUUCAUGGUGGAGGGAAGGCUGUUGGGCAACAAGCGCGACAACAAACUGAUGCAGCAGAAGCAGAUCAAAAUCGAGAGCAAAAUCGAAACCGAAUUGAACUCUCUCAAUAACAAUAUUAAACCGGAAACACCAAAGUUAGACUUAGGUAAUACUAUUAAGCGCCUAGCGGAACGUACUAACGUAAAACUAGAUUUCGAGAAUCAAACUGACGAUAACGAUGACACAACAAAUCAAAGAGCACGUAGCAUAUCGGAAACCUCAGAGGGCAGCAAUAAGAGCUCCCCACCUAAUUUUAACUUAGACUUAAGGAUUUCAAAUCUUCCAUGCCUGAGUUACGACGAGUUCCUCCAGAGGAAACGCGAAAGCAAAAAACGUAAGAUACGCAUUAAGACUGACGGGGAUUCCAAACACAAGGUGCAGAAAUUGGAUAACCGAACCGAGACUCAGCCGGUCGGGUCCAAAAAGAGAAAGAACAAGCAGAGCAUCACUCACCUGGGUAAAAAAGAGAACGAGGUGGGCUUAAGUAGUGACCUUUUGGGUUUGGCGACUCUCGCCGAGGUCGCCGCCAAUACCGAAAAGAUCAACGAACAAAUCUCAGAGUAAUAGUAUUACACGUAUUUUUAAGGUGUUUGUUAACUUAAUAUCAUGAUUAUAGUUGAUAGAGUACGUCUCUUCACUUUAACAAAACUGAUAUUCUAAAGUAAACUUCUGGACAAAAUUAUCGCACCUCUAAAAAUUGGCUCCAGUGUUAAAUUGGCUCUUUAAUUCAUCUGUGUAUCUUCCUUAGUAACAGAGAUGGGAGAUCGCCCCAAAAUGAGUAUUUUAGUGACACGAUCUCCGGUUCCUAAAAUUACAUCCAGUCACUUGAUCUGAAACAACAAAAAACAUUCACAAAAUGGUGGCUGAUUGAACUUUACAUUAAUUUUUAAACCUUAAUUUCGAAAAUAUUGUGUCAAAUUUUGGAAGCAAUUAAUCGAGACGUUUUUCGAAUAUUUUGGUUACUGUCUAACUGUCUGAUUAGUAUGUUUCGAGUAUGUUUUGAAAUUUGUCGAAGAAUUAACACGUUUGGGAACCUGGUCGUUUGUCAACUUCAUGAUAAAUCACCCAUAACUUUUACAGUUCAGGAAUAUCAAGAUAACAUUUACACCAUACUCUUCAUAUUCCAUACUUUAAAAUUUUUGUUUGGAAAAAUUGAUUUUUGUAAAAAAUUUAACAGUUGCAUUUGCCUUGAAAAUCAUCAUUAGUUUUUUUUCUUAUCUUUAAUAAUUUCUGAGAUUCCAUUGAAUUUGAUUCAUUCUCAAUGCUGUGAUAUAAUCAGUUUAGUGUACAAAUAUUUACAAAAAUUAUAUUUCAAAAAUUAGGCACGUGCAAUUAGUUAUCAAAAAAUUGAAUAACUACGAUGUUGGGGCUGAUUUUUAGUGGUUCGGCAAUUUUAAGAGUUCAUAAAUUUUAAAAGGAAACAAUUUUUUUUGGGUAUUGCUUGCUCUUCUGUCUUCCAGACAUACUGUUUACUCCUGUAUAGACGAUCCUGCGACAGAUGGCAUGAAAAGUUUUCUUUCUUUGUUGACCAUUGAUAUAGACACUUACUGAAGUGAGCAUAUACCAGUGGUUACUCCAGUAAACACAGAUCAGUGGUUGCGUCCAACUUUAUUGGAGCAUUGCACAUGCUCUUUUCUCAAGUUUAAAAAGAAGAUUGAAAUUAACUUUUGCUACUAAUUCCAAGUGAGGAUUGUUUUUACUGCACCAGUUAUAGAAAUAUAUUGAGAUUCGAAAAAUCACUAAAAUAUAAGCGAAUAAGAUUUCCAUUUUUAACUUCCCGUUUAAUAAAUGCAUGUAAUAGAUUUCCCUUUGACAGUUUGUCUAAGAAUUCGUUUCUAAGUAAGAUUUCUCCUCUAAGGAUACGGUUUACCAAAAAUUACACAAGGUUCAUCCAAUUUCUGCUGCUGAUACAAGCAAUAACAAAAUCUAUACCUCAAUAGUACAUAAAACUGUUUAGUCGUAAUUAUUAAUCCAUGUUUUUGUCCUGCUGCUCUCGCUUAUUUGAAAAAUUUAUCAGGAUUAUACAAGGUGUUUCCUGAAGACAUGCCAGAAUCUUAUUUGUAAUAUAAUUGCAGUACGAUGGCAAAUUACCCAAAUUAUUUUUUAUUAAUUAAUAAUUAAAUAAUAUUAUUAAAUACAAUACCAAAUUUUCCUUGAAACUCUUUUUUCAUGAGUUUUUUAGGAAAUUAUAUACACUUUGUUGGUACCAUAUUUUUAGCAGGUAAUCAGAAAAUACCUUGUGUUGCGUUAUGUUACCAGAAUAAUUUGGUACUCGUUUUUGUUCUAAUAAGAUCGUUUGUUGUUACUGCUGAAUGAUUUUAUAGUAGGGAUGUGAAAUUUUAGGAUCAGAAAUACAAGCUCUGUAUCAGGGAAUUUUGAAAAAAAAUCGAGUAUUGCCGAACGUAGCGUCUAACGCUUUGUUUGAAAUCUUUGGAUUUUGCAUCACUAUGUCAUAUCAGAAUUUUUAAACAUCAAUCAAGAAUGUAAUUAAAUAUUUUUAUGAUGGUUAAUAUUUCUUUUGUUGUAAUUUAUAGUAGAUUAGAGGUAAUUGUUUUUUUUUUUGUAUUUUAUGUCGUUACGUUUUUGUUAUGUUAACCUUCUAAUCAUAAGUAUACCAAAUCAUAUUAAUAUUUAUAUAUAGUCAUAUUUUUAUAUAUUUAAUAUUUUAAGGGUUUGUUUUUCCUGUUAUAUGCAAUAAUUUUUAGCGUAAUGAGAUUUGAAAUUAUUUGUCGAUCUGAUACCGAUCUAGUUAUCAGGAUAACGGUUAUUAUGGAAAUUUGUUUAAUUUCACUCUUUUUGCAAGUAUGAACUGUGGUGAAGAAAUUUACACAUGCGGAAUUGAAUUCCGAUAGUGAAAAUCCAAUUUUAUUUUACCAUUUACAUUGUUUAGCAUAAAAAUGUAUCAUGUUUAUAAUCUCGGUUGUUUUAAAACACUAUCGUUUGUAAUUGCCGACAGAAAGACAAUUGCUUAUUGCAGGUUUUACGGACACAUCACAGGUUGUACGUAAGUUUAUGGUCUCCAGUGAAAUUGGUUAAAAGUUAUACAUUUUACUUCCAUUUCUGUAGUAAAAGUAAAGGAAGAUUUUUGUGUUAUAUCCGCAGAAAUAUUUCGAUAUUGUAAGAUAUAUGAAUGAUCGCAAUUACUGUUGUAAAUGUGCACUUGAGGAUAUUCAUGAAUGUUUGUGCAUGAAGAAAACUGCGUAAAUAGUCUCGUUGAUAAUUUAAAAGAAAAACUUUUUCUGAAUUUCCAAAAUUUUUCGUUACCCAAGCGAUAUGCCUUACUUUAAUAACUACUUUUUAGGUAUUGCUUUUAUAAACAUUGAAAAAUAAUAAGCACCUCGAAUUUUUGAAAUAAAUGGGUAAUAUGCAACAUUUUCAUGAGAACAUUCGAGAAUAAUGAAAACUUUUAUCGUGUUUUUUAUAAUUUUGCAACAAUUAUAUCAUGUAAGUACAUUUUGCAGGUGCUUCACAUUUAUUUUAGUUGGACGCAACUUUUUGUUUUGGCAAGCUGAAUUUAUCACUAGAUGCUAAAU